UGGCAGCCUUGCUCAACCCUCCUCUCCAAAAUCAACACAACAGGAAAACCAACAGUUACUUCCAUCACUGACCGCGCUACACAGCCAGUCAGAGCACAGAACCACCCGGCCGCCCAACUACCGACGCACGACGGCAAAGCCAUUUCCCCCCGCCUCUCCCUCUCUUCCUACCGGCAUUUCACAACGCCGCCGCAGAGACAGCAACAGCAGCCGUACGGCAGCCAAACGACUCCGGGAGCUUAACGGUACGCGUUCCCUAUUCCGGCUCCUUGAAAAAGGGAAGACCGGAAGUUCGGGGACCGCGCCCACGGAAUUGGAGGAAGCCGAACUCCGCCACGCCGCCGGACUCCUUCGAAAGCCGCCGAGGGCUCACCGGCUUUAAGAGGCGCGCAGCAGUAGCAAGCCGCGUUUCGAGGAGGCGACUCCGUGCCCGCCCGCCUGCGCUUCCGGCGGCCCCUCGUCCAUAACUUAAACUUGAGCCUGGAAAGAGAUGAUGAGAAAGAUGUCUUGAUGUGUUUAGUUGACAACAAUGAGCACAAACAUGAGAUCCAUGCCUGCUGGAUUGAUCUGGAAGCACAGACCUGGAUGAUGGGAAGAUUUCCAAAGGCAUUUUUCCAGCAUUUUGGGGGACUUCUGGCCUCAGAGCGUAUGCACUGCGGUGCUGAGAGGCUGCCCUCCUACAACGAUGACAGCAGCGGCUCCACCCCCAGUAACCUGGGUGGGGACAGAGAAGGGUACUGAGGCCCCAUCCCUGCCCAAACGCCAUCCCUGCCCACGAGCCCCUCCGCACCGGCGAAGAUGAGGAGAGCGAGGAAGAGGAGAGAGUUUUCUGCUACGCACGUUUGUCCCCACUUUGCAGAGGACCUGGCUGAGAGUUCACUGCUUAACAAGCUGCUCCACACCUCGCUGGUAGAGAACAGCCACCACGUGGAGGUGCUGCAGCAGGACCCCUCCUCCCCGCUCUUCUCCAUCAGAACCUUCGAGGAGCUGCACCUGAAAAAGGAGCUUCUGCAGGGCGUGUACACCAUGGGCUUCAACAGGCCAUCGAAGAUCCAGGCGAAUGCUCUGCCCAUCCUGAUGGCGCAUCCACCCCAAAAUCUGAUUGCGCAGAGCCAGUCUGGGACGGGCAAAACAGCAGCGUUUGUCCUGGCCAUGCUGAGCAGAGUGAGAGGCACUGAGAGGUACCCGCAGUGCCUUUGUCUGGCUCCCACUUAUGAGCUGGCCCUGCAGAUUGGCCAUGUGGCAGAGAAGAUGGGGCGGUUCUGCAAUGACAUCAGGGUCACCUAUGCUGUGCAGGGCAACAGAGUGUCCCCAGGCACCGUGCUGGAGGAGCAGAUUGUCAUUGGCACGCCAGGCACCAUGCUGGACUGGUGCUUCAAGCGGAGACUGCUCAACAUGCGGAGGAUCUGCAUGUUUGUGCUGGAUGAGGCUGACAUCAUGAUUGACACGCAGGGAUUCUCCUCCCAGAGCAUCCGCAUCCAGAGGGCUCUCCCCAAGAACUGCCAGAUGCUGCUUUUCUCCGCCACCUUCAAGGAAAAUCUCUGGAAAUUUGCCCUGCAAAUUGUCUCCAGGCCCAUCAUCAUCAAGCUGCGACAGGAGGAGCUCACUCUGACCAACAUUAGGCAGUACUAUUUUGUCUGCAAGAACUGGGAGCAGAAGUAUGAGGCCCUCUGCAACCUCUAUGGCAGCAUCACCAUUGGCCAGGCCAUGAUCUUCUGCCAGACCCGCCGGAGUGCAGACUGGCUCUCGGUGAAGAUGAUUCAGGAUGGGCACCAAGUGGCCAUGCUGACAGCAGAGCUGUCCAUCGUGCAGAGAGCUGAUGUCAUCCAGAGGUUUCGUGAUGGCAAGGAGAAGGUUCUCAUCACCACCAAUGUCUGUGCGAGAGGGAUUGAUGUGGCCCAAGUCACGAUUGUGGUGAACUUCAGCCUUCCCAUCAACCGUCAGAAGCAGCCAGAUUUUGAGACCUACUUGCACCGCAUCGGGCGCACAGGGCGCUUCGGGAAGAGGGGCAUUGCCUUCAAUAUGGUGGACAGCCACAGCACGCACCUCGUGCGCUGCAUCGAGGAGCAUUUCCAGACUAAGAUCAAGAGGCUGGACCCAGAUUGCAUGGACAAGCUCGAGGAGCUGGAAAACUGAGCAAAAAACAUGGUUUAGCUUCAAAGAACUCACGUUUUGGUUUAAAGUAUAUGGGAAAUCCAGGAGAAAAUCUCCCAGUUUUCUGAGUUCCUGGAGGUGCUUGGUUUGUUGAGACAUUUUAGAAGGAGAGUAUGGGGAAAAACCCUCAGCCUAAAAAAAUUAUUCUGAUUGGUUUCUUUGGUGUUUUGGGGGAAGGAAUCUUGGUGUUUUGUGGAAAUGCUCCUUGAUUUUCGGGCAGUGUUUGCCUGUUUUGGGCACUGUUGCUCUGUUUGGGAUACUGCUGCCCUGUUCUGGGCUCUGUUCCUUGUUUUGAGGUGGUGGUUUGUGGUUCCGGGGCACUGUUUGUUGGCUGAGGGUACGAUUCCUUGUUUUGUUGGUUGUUGUUGUUGUUUUUUUUCUCUGAAGGAAAUAAGUUUAAAGCAGACAAGUCCCAGUUCAGCCAUCUUGGUGUCUAAGAUCUGUGCAGAAACUAGUCCUGAAGAGUGGAAGCACUGUUCUGGAAUGUGUUAAUUUCAAGGAGUGUGGAAACUCUGGGGAACCAAAAAACAGUUUAUUAAAGAUUAUAAACACGA